ACGAGACGGCAACGAGGAAGUGACACAUUGUUGCAGUUGGAUGAAAUUAUCUUACCAUCCAUCUGAUAGCCAUCGAGUACCGUUAACAAGGAACCUAAAAUGCAGUCUGUACGAAAACGUCGAGGCAACGCGCUAAACAGAGCAACACAAAAUAGCACUCCUGGUCUGAAGGAAAAUGUGGCACAGAAGAAAAGGCCACACUUCCACUUUGACCUGUGGUUCUGUCUGACUCUGCAGAACUGGGUACUGGACUUUGGAAGGCCUAUUAUCAUGAUUGUCCUUCCUCUUGAGUGGUUUCCCCUGAACAAGCCCAGUGCUGGAGACUGUUUCCACAUGGCCUACAAUGUCAUUACACCAUUCCUAAUGCUCAAGCUGAUUGAGCGCAGUCCUAGGGUGCUGCCUCGCUCAGCGGUCUACCUCUGCAUCAUCACCUUUGUCAUGGGAGCCAGCAUCCACCUGGUGGGAGACUCCAUCAACCACCGGCUCAUCCUGAGUGGCUACCAGCUCCACCUGUCAGUCAGAGAGAAUCCCAUCAUCAAAGAUCUUAAACCUACCUCACUGAUUGACUCUUUUGAACUGCUGUAUUAUUACGAUGAGCAGCUGGGCCAUUUAAUGUGGUACAUUCCUUUCUUUAUCAUUCUGUUCAUCUACUUCACCGGCUGCUUCACCAAGGCUGAAGAACAGAAGAAGAUUCCUGUAACUGGCUGGCUGCUAAUGGGACCCAGCGCCCUCUACUAUUGGUACUUGGUCACUGAAGGACAAAUCACUGAGCUUUUCCUUCUCACCUUCCUUGCUAUGGUUGCUGUGGUGAUCCAUCAACAGCGUAAAGGCCUCAGCCCCGACAGCAAUGGCCUGUUCCUGUUCUGCAGUUUCAGUAUUACGGUGCUCCUGGUGGCUAUGUGGGUGGUCUUCCUAUGGAAUGACCCAGUGCUACGCAACAAGUACCCCGGACUCAUUUAUGUACCAGAACCCUGGUCCUACUACACUUUACAUAUCAGGAACCACUGACUUACAUCCAGGUCUGUGUUCCUCUGUUUGAAGAAAAAGGAUUUUUGAAUGCCGCUUCCUUUUGUCUGAACUGACUGACUUAACGAUGAAGGCUGUUGAUGAGCACCGACCUCACUGUGAAACGCAAGGAUCUGCUUUGUUCAGCCAUACAUUAAGAUGGGAAUUUGUCUGCUCUGUCUAUUUCUGUAUUGAUAUACACAAGUCUUUAACAGGUGCACGUUAGCAGGGAUAACAGCCUUCUCACUGAUCACAUAGUAGCAACACGUUUGCUUCAACUAGCCUCAGAAAAAAAGCUAAUGUUUGUGUAAGAAUUGUUCUUCCUAUUUGACUUAACCCCUUGUGUUAACCAUAUGAGACAGAGCAUGUUUGUGAUCAUUACCUCCUAGUGUUUUUAUCAGUCCUAAUAGAAAUGUAUCUAUUUUGUAACUGUAAAACCAGGGCAGGGAUUAACACACUAAAGGCAGAAGUCCUCCUCCCACCCUUGGUUUGCUGACUGUCAGUUAGUUUGUGUUAAUUUGAUUAAACACAUUUUUGAUUUGAGAACAUGCACCAUGUCAACAAAAACAUUACAUUUUGUUACAGUUACUUUUUGAAACAGCGCUUGUACCGGUGCAUAUAACCAAACAAUUUUGUAAUUAGUCAAAUUAUCACAAUGUAAUUGCCACUCAACAACCUGGGGCCUUUGAGGCCCCUGUGGGUUUAUGGCCACCGGGCUGCUGCCUGCUUUCUCAUGACCAGCGAAGGGAAUGACAAAGGUGAAUAUAUGUCAGGUAUAUUCUCUGAAAAAUGAGUAAAAGGUUUACCUUGAAUCCAGUUGAUGACAAUUGAUUUUUAACACCUUCGAAGAAAGAAGGUGUCGGGUCAUUCGAUAAAUUGACUUCUGAAGAAAGAAAAGAAGAAGAAGACAACAGUUAUUCCUGACUGAUUAAAAACACUUUGUGCUGUAUAUCAGACUUACUGUCUAAACAAGUAUGGGCUACCAUUAGAAGAUCAACAGCUUGAAAGUAGGAAAAACAUUUUAUAUAGAAAAGAAGUAAAAACAAUUCUGCAUAGCCAAAAGAUGAACAAAGACAUGAUGAGAGGAUGUUAAAAUAGUACCAAUGUGUGAUGGAAACAUGGUCGAGCAGUAUUAUCUACAUGGUUAGUCAGAAAGACGGCUAUCAAAAUAUGUUUUGAAGCAGGAUUUAAAAAUGACUAAUACUAAAUGGAGUGUUUCAAAGCUAUAAUGUAAAAAAAAACUCAGGUAUUUAAGGUUUCACGCCUUGAUAGGUUUUGGUGAAGAUGCCAUUUUGUCGUUAUAUGGUCAUAUUGUGAACUAGUGUGUUUCCAUAUAUGGUUAAUACAACUUCCUAUAAUUACAGCCCAGCCCUACUGACAUGAACGUUUUACACCAUUUUUUACAUGAUGUAAGUCAUGUACAAUGUUAGUGUUCAUCAUGGAGCGAAAUCUAUUGUACAGAUGGUUUAACAUGAUUCAAAAGGUCAACGCAAAGAGCAGGUGACUGUUAAGAUACAAAUCUAAACUUUAUUGUUAACUGAAG